UUUCAGCGGCCAUCUUCUCUCCCCGGCGCCAGAAUCUUCAGUGUGGGCACCCAGCUAUCUGCAGUCUCUGGUCAUCUCCUGUACUGUGUCCGCAGUCUCUGGUCAUCUCCUGUACUGUGUCCGCAGUCUCUGGUCAUCUCCUGUACUGUGUCCGCAGUCUCUGGUCAUCUCCUGUACUGUGUCCGCAGUCUCUGGCCAUCUCCUGUACUGUGUCCGCAGUCUCUGGUCAUCUCCUGUACUGUGUCCGCAGUCUCUGGUCAUCUCCUGUACUGUGUCCGCAGUCUUUGGUCAUCUCCUGUAGUACGUCCGCAGUCUCUGGUCAUCUCCUGUAGUACGUCCGCAGUCUCUGGUCAUCUCCUGUAGUACGUCCGCAGUCUCUGGUCAUCUCCUGUAGUAUGUCCACAGUCUCUGGUCAUCUCCUGUAGUACGUCCGCAGUCUCUGGUCAUCUCCUGUACUAUGUCUGCAGUCUCUGGUCAUCUCCUGUACUAUGUUCGUAGUCUCUGGUCAUCUCUUGUACUAUGUCUGCAGUCAACUGGUUCAGAAUAUUUGUUUUUCUCCUCUAA